CAAUAUAUCAGAACUGAACUUCAUCCAGAAACAAAAAAUGAGAAAAUAUUUUGUACUUAGCCAAAAUUUAAGUUUCUGGAACUGGUUUUCCCACUUACACUCAGAUGUUGGGUGGUGCAAUCUCAGCUCCAACAACUCAAAGCCUCAAUGGAACAAGAAGAAUUGCAAUGCUUUAUCCAUCUCAUAAGAACCUAGCAUCAAGUACCAGAGGAUUUUCAUCAAAGGAGAGCUGUUUUCUCAGAGGUCACCACAUCAACAUAAAGCAAAUUUUUGGGCUUAUCUCUAGUCAUGCUCCACGAAGCAAAGCAGGAUUUGUUGUUUCUCCAACCUGUGUCCUGCCUCUGACAGAAGAGAAUGUGGAGAAGGUUUUGGAUGAGGUAAGGCCUGGUUUGAUGGCUGAUGGAGGGAAUGUCGCAUUGCAUGAGAUAGAUGGGCUUGUUGUUGUCCUCAAGCUACAAGGAGCAUGUGGGUCAUGUCCUAGCUCAGCUAUGACACUAAAGAUGGGAAUCGAACUUCGCCUCCGGGAUAAGAUUCCAGAAAUCAUGGAAGUGGAGCAGGUACUAGACACCGAGACCGGUCUUGAGCUAACCGAAGAAAAUGUUGAAAAUGUUCUUUCUGAAAUUAGACCUUACCUUGCUGGCACUGGGGGAGGAAUAUUAGAGCUUGUUCAGAUCAAUGAUUAUGUUGUCAAAGUUCGGUUAGGUGGACCAGCAGCUGGGGUUACGACAGUUCGUGUUGCCUUAACACAGAAGCUGAGAGACAAGAUACCUUCUAUUGCGGCUGUGCAGCUAAUAGACUGAUCAUGUAAUAUAAAAGCUCUUUUAUAUUUUGACUUUUAAUAUGUUACAGGAUGAAAUGGAACUACUCAAUAGAAAAAACAUGUAAAGUAUUGUCGAGAAAUGAAAUUAAGAGCCAAUUACACAGUAAUAUUGAAUUU